GUUAUCUAGACUAUAUAUCACGUGUGUAAAUAUCACACUAACUGUCAGUGAGGCCAUUAUAUAAUAAUCAGGCGCUACUAUGGCCUGUGUGGGAGGACUUGUUGGAGAUACUGAUCAAUUUCUCAGGGUUGUACGAAGUCACGCCCACCUCGAGGAUAACCUCGCUUUUGUCCGUGAACCUGAUAAUGUGGAGAUUGUGGCUGUAGGAGAUGGCAACCUCAACGAUGUCGCCAGGUUGAAAGACAGACGAAACAGCAACUCUAGUGUCAUCGUCAAGUAUGCCCCUCCAUUCAUCAAGUGUUUGGGCCCAGAGUACCCCCUGGCAGUUGAGAGAGGAAGCGUUGAAUUCCAGGCUUUGGUCAAGUUUAACACUGCAUCACCUGGCAGCUGUCCUCGAACCUAUUUUUAUGACUCGACCGCAAGAAUCAUCUGUAUGGAAGAUCUGAGAUCAUACAAAGACCUACGCCGGGAGAUUAUACAAGGAGUACUCAGUGAUGAGGCGGUAAAAUGUAUUGCUAAGCACAUUGCUAUCGUGCAUAGACAGAAUCAUGUCGCCAAACUCAGCACCCCCGACAUGGAAGCCCUGCUGAAACUGUUCGGUUACACAGACCUGGUACAACUGACCGAGCAGUUCGUAUUUACCAAACCAUUUACGAAGGAUGACCCGACCAAUAAAUUCUCUGAAGAGGUCAGCAUGCAUGCCCACCUUGUCUACGACAAUCCACAAGUUCUAGCUAACGCAGAAAAAAUGAAAAAGGUCUUCCUGGAAAAGAAGGAAUGUUUGAUACACGGUGACCUACAUACUGGGUCCAUAAUGGUUUGCAACGAUUCAGCCAAGUUGAUGGACAUUGAAUUUGCGUUUGUGGGUCCUGGAGCAUUUGAUAUAGGAUGUUUGAUAGCUAACUAUAUAAUGUCUUAUUACCAACACAUGUCGGACGGCAACCGGCAGUUUGCUUACCGUACUAUUGACUUCUGUAAACUUACAGGAAAAACCUACUUCGAGAACAUGACCAGUUACACAGGUGAUAUGGACGGCUACAACAAGAACUUCGUGUCUGAAGUGGCUGGUUUCGCAGGCUGUGAGAUAAUUCGCAGAAUACUCGGAGCGGCCCAUGUAGAAGAUCUUGAGGGCAGACCUUUGGCUGCAGUCGACGCCCUCGGAGCUGGAGUCAGGCUGAUAGUUGCUAAGGACAGGAUCGACACAGUGGACAGAUUGAUGGUUAUUGCUCAUAUGCUGACUUGAUACAGCAUUACAUAAUGUAUUCGGUGUUCACAAAGACCAUUUCUGGUGUUACACAAUGUGUUCAGGUAUUGUCGUCAGUUGUGAUAAGUUUAUCAUUGUCAGUAUAUUUUUCUCUAGGAAUAGCAUCUGGAAUUUACUUCAUUACUAGCGCAAAUUCUGAUUGGUAUAGACUUAUUUAUACCAAAGUGUAACGGCCAUUGGUCCAGAGACAGCGUCAGGCUGAUCUCCAAAUUGUGACAAUUGUAAAUCACGUGCAUUUGUCGGCUUUGUGUGACACGUUGGUUGUAUAUUUGGCUAUGUAAAUAGCAUAUCCAGUGACAUUAACAAGCCUAUAAAUCACUAAUGUGGUGCAGUGGAACCAGAAGUAACUGGAUCACCAUGGGUCUUGUUGUUGACAUGUAACUUGUUAAGCUGUGUGUUAAUUUCGGCAAAACAUUUAUAGGGAUUGCCUAUUUAGAUGAACUUUAAACUUUAAAGUUGCUAAACAGUGUUAAACGUCAUUUUUACCUUUUACUUUUUGUAUAACAAUCCUUUACAUUUUUAACGUAAUUAACCGUAACAUUGACAUUGUGUAAUCAGUUAGAUUAUGUAAUUAGUUAGAUUUUGUAAUUAGUAACAUUGUGUAAUAAAUUAGAGUUUGUAAUUAUUUAGAUUAUGAAAUUAGUUGCAUUGUGUAAUUAGUUAGAUUGUGUAUUCAGUUAGAUUAUGUAAUAAGUUAGAUUGUGUAAUCAGUUAGAUUGUGUAAUUAGUUAGAUUAUGUAAUUAGUUAGAUUGUGUAAUCAGUUACAUUGUGUAAUUAGUUAGAUUGUGUAAUCAGUUAAUUGUGUAAUUAGUUACAUUGUGUAAUCAGUUACAUUAUGUAAUUAGUUACAUUGUGUAAUCAGUUAGAUUGUGUAAUUAGUUAGAUUGUGUAAUCAGUUAGAUUGUGUAAUUAGUUACAUUGUGUAAGUAGUUAGAUUGUCUAAUCAGUUACAUGGUGUAAUUAGUUAGAUUGUGUAAUCAGUUAAUUGUGUAAUUAGUUACAUUGUGUAAUUAGUUAGAUUGUGUAAUCAGUUACAUUGUGUAAUUAGUUACAUUGUGUAAUCAGUUACAUUGUGUAACUAGUUACAUUGUGUAAUUAGUUAGAUUAUGUAAUAAGUUACAUUGUGGAAUUAGUUACAUUGUGUAAUUAGUUACAUUGUGUAAUCAGUUACAUUGUGUAAUUAGUUACAUUGUGUGAUGGGUUACAUUGUGUAAUUAGUUAGAUUGAGUAAUUAGUUAUAUUGUGUAAUCAGUUACAUUGUGUAAUUAGUUACAUUGUGUAAUCAGUUACAUUGUGUAAUUAGUUACAUUGUGUAGUGAGUUACAUUGUGUAACUAGUUACAUUGUGUAACUAGUUACAUUGUGUAAUCAGUUACAUUGUGUAAUCAGUUACAUUGUGUAACUAGUUACAUUGUGUAAUUAGUUAGAUUAUGUAAUUAGUUACAUUGUGUAAUAAGUUACAUUAUGUAUUUAGUUAGAUUGUGUAAUUAGUUAGAUUGUGUAAUCAGUUAGAUUGUGUAGAAGAACUUAAUGUAACAGUUACACUAAAAUUACCUUUUAAUUUUAUGAAAUAUUAGUCGCACGUUUUACCAAAAGAUAAGUAGUUACUUUACAUUUUGAUUUGUCAUACUAAACUCACAUAACAUUCUAAAAACAUAUACAUAAAUUAUCUUACUGCAAAUAACUAUACACACACAUAUAUAUAUAAAGAAAUAACAAUACUUACAUCAACCACAUUAGGUUCACAGAAUUCCGAGACACACUUGAACAGCCACCUCGACGCAGACACACGCAGAUAAAAACUAAUUCAGACCAAAACACAUGCUCGGAUUUCGGAAUCCGGAUUAAUACUAAAAUUCCACCAACAUAUUUACGCAUUUAUUUUCUUCACUUGAUUAUCAUUAUUUUUUUUUGUAGUACUUUUUUAUUGAA